UUCGCCUCACUCCCGAAUCUUUCUCCACAGUCAUGGCGGCGGCGGCGGCGCAGCCACACCCAGCAGAUUAGUCGUCUCCCCUGAGUACCAAUCCAGAACAAUGGAAAUGCUUCUUGCCUCCACGGACUCCUCCGCCGAGCCGAACCGUCCAGGCGGCGGCGGUGAUGCCGGCGAUGACCGGCUGAGCGCGUUGCCGGACGACCUCCUCCGCGCCAUCCUGUCGCGCCUCAUGGCCCAUCAGACGGCGCGGACGUGCGUGCUGUCCACGAGGUGGCGGCACCUCUGGCGCACCGUGCCGCGCCUCGACAUCCGCCGUGGAUAUAGCCACUGUUUUGACGACUUCACGGCCAACCUCCUGCGCCGCCAUGACUUGACGAUCCUGCAAGAGCUCCGGCUGCACGCUACCGACGCUAUCGUCGGCGACGUUGGCUCCGCCGCGAGAUAGGUCGAGAUGCAUGGCCUCACGGGCUCAAAAGCUUGCAUCUUUCCUGCGUGGACCUGGAACUGAAUGAUCUUGCGAGCCACAUCAGUUCCCCCCGCUGCCCUGCUCUGGAGCAAGUUGAGCUCCAAAACUGCGGCUUCUUGCUCUCCGGGAAUAUCAAGAUCGCUUCCUCCUCGCUCAAGACAUUGGUCAUCAAUGGCGACCACACGGUGGAUGAGGAUGAUGACCUUGAUGAAGAUUUCAGGUUGAUUAUAGACGCCCCUGCUCUUGUUCUUCUCCGCCUCGAUGGCGAGGCCCAUCAUAUUGUUGAUACAACUCAACCACAUAAUAUGCCGUCUCUUGUCGAUGCGUCGAUUAAGCUGUGCUGCCUCGAUGAUGACAUGAAGCACCAAUUGGGCAUUCUUGGCGCGCUGUCCAAUGUGACAACCCUGCACUUGUCGCAUUUGAAGGUCACGGUAUGCCUUGAUACCCACUUUCAUUUAUUUUGCAUCUCCUUAAUUUAUCUGGAGGCAUUCAAACAUAACAAAAUCACUAUCUAUCUAUCUAUCUAUCUAUCUAUCUAUCUAUCUGGGUUUCAGUUGUUGCUCAAUGAGAGUCAUGCGUAUCUUCCUCCGUUUAUGUUUGAGAACCUGAGAACCUUGUUCCUGGAUGGGUGCCAUAUAAGCGAUGACUUCCUUGGGCUGCGGCAAUACCUGCGCAACUCACCUAACCUGCACAAGCUCAGUUUGUGCCGUUGCAAGGUCUCGGAUUCCCAACCUACAGAGGAGGUGAAACAACGCCGCCAGUCAUAUUCUCAGGACCUGGCGCAUUUCCAGUGCAACAACCUUAGGCUUACUGAAAUCAUGUACCGAGACGGUGAUGAAGCUUUCGUCCCUCCGCUGCUCGUGUUUUUCAUUGGCACGGGGAAUAAUCUGCCAAGCAACAAGAUCGGAUUAUCUGAAGUCGAGUAGCAGAACAGUGUGGCAAUGCACUAUGUAUGUUGUCUAUCGUUUGCUGAUGUAUGUAUGUCGAGGUUGCAUGUGCAAGCAUAUGUAUCGUUUGCUGAUAUAUGCCCAGGUUGCAUGUGCAAGUAUAUAUUGCAAAAACUAUGCACUUGGUAAUGAAUAUCUAUCGACUUGUGUCGAAUGGGGGGUUAAUUUAGUAGUACUUCGUAUAUGUAAGCGAGGAUUGACAUCAAAUUUAGAAUCAUGAAUCCUUGGGUUUGAUUUUAUUGGAUCGUUUGGAUUUCGCUGACUCGCAACUUUUAUGCGAUUAGUGUAGAGUGUAGACUAGGUUCUUGGUUGAAAUGGAAGUAUCUUGUAUAGCAUCGUCCA